UAUAAUUUCAGUGAUAUAGCAGUAGCAGACUGGGAUCCGACUAUUCGGAACCGUUUCGAAAGUUGUCAUUCCAUCGCCUCCUUUGCACCAACCUCUGAGCAGUACUGUAAGGCUUUCAACAUGUGCUGCUCGAUGCUGUUCGAUCCAAACAAUGGUGACAAGUGCCAGACAAACGAACAGCGAUGUAUUCCUCUAGAGGUGAGGCACUGCUUUGAAUUAGUGAUUUUUUUUUUCCCGUUCUGUACUUUAAGGAAACGUCGAUCCAUUUCAUUUGCAAUAUCAUUGUGUUUAGUCAUUCAUCCACUUUCAGUUCUUUUAUUUACCAUCUAA